AUGAAAGGAUGUGACGAAUUCACUUCCCCAAAUGAUUACGUUGACAAACAUUAUGGUGUUGAUGGCUUUGGAGGUUUUCAAAUAGAAAAUAAGGAAAAGAUAUAACUGAAUAAUGUGAAAGAACAGCAUGGUGUUGACUUCAUUAUUGAGUAGGUAAACAAGUAUCCUAAUUAAGUCACUCUUUUAUGCUUAGCUCCACUAACAAAUAUAUGUAAAGCUUUUAGAAAAGAUCCCUCUCUACCAGAUAAAGUAAAAAGCAUCGUGUUCUCUGGUGGCACUUAUUUGGCAUAGGGCAACACUAAGUGCUGUUGUUCUGAGUUUAAUGUUAUUAUGGAUCCAUAAGCAGCUGAAGAGGUCUUCUAGUAAUGCUAAAGAGUCACAAUGGUUCCAAUUGAAAUAGUUAGAUCUUUUAGGCAAGUUUCUUAAGAGUAUGUAAGAGUACCAUUCUCCUAUAGAACUAAAAAAGGGUCAUUAGUUUACGAGUGUUAUAAAGUGGCGCUAAAAAAUUCAGACAAUAUUUAUGAUAUUACGGAUCCAUGUGCAGUAGCUGUUGCAUUUUGUCCUGAAGUAGUAUAAGAGUACUAUGAAAAAUCUCUUUUUGUAGAAGUAACAGGUAAAUUCACAAAAGGCAUGGUUGUUGUAGACUGGAGAGACACUUGCUUUGAAAAAAGACAUCACUCGAAUAUUAUCGCAAAAGUUGAUUUACAUAGGAUAUUAGAAAUAUUAGAGGAUUCUGUCAAAGAAUGA